AUGAUUUUAAUAAGAUACAAGGAUCUGCUAAUCAAUCCUUUAAAUUGCUUCAAAAGUGAAGUACAUUCAGAUUGUAAUCAGAAUUUUACAAAUAAUCAACUUAAGGAUGAAUUGUCUAUCAAUAAUCAAUCAAACUUACUUGAAAAGAAGAAAGCAUUGGAUUUACUUAAAAAGUUUAAUGAGGAGAAUGAUAUUGAUGAAUUUAAUGAAAUAGAUGAUGAUACUAUGCAACGACUUGCUUCACUUGAUCUUGAAAGUUCAGAUCCUAGUACAAUAUUGAAUGCACUUAGUAAAGAAGAGAGAGACCAAUUUGAGAAUUUAACGAAUCCUUCAAAUUCUGCUACUUUAACUAGAUUACUUCAUCUUUAUCAACAAUCUUUUCAUCCGUGGUAUAUAGAUGAUGAUAACAACAGUGAAAAUGAAUCAGAUGACCUAUUAGAUAAACCAGAAGCAAAAUCCUUUGAUUUACAUCCAGGCGGCGAAAUACUCUCAUCAAAUUUAGUUGCUAUCAUGUUCUCUUACGCAUUCAUUUUGCGAAGGUUCGGAUUACGCUAUUUAUCAGAUUUAGAAAACACAUCUAGGGAUAUAAGGGAUGCUAAAGGAGAACUAUCACGGUUGUUACCUUUUUUGAAAGAAAAGAGAAGUAAUUUCGCCUACGUUAAUCCUCGAGAAGCUGUACAUAGCAUAUGGAGUCGUAUACCUCCUGAAAUCCGUACUAAGGAGUUCUUAGAUCUACUUCUCGAUGAUACGAAGUGUCUUCUCAAACCAUUAAAACCAGUUCAUGAAGAAUCUGAUCGUGUUAUUUCGACUCAAUGUCUUUUUGAUAUUCUACAAGUAUUUGGAGAAGCUAAGACUCCAUUUACGACCAAACUGACUUUUUAUCUCACAAGAUGUCACAAUAUGACUGCAUAUUUGAAGAAACUGAACUUCAAUAUAGAUAUAGACAGACAUGAAAAUCCAGACAACUAA